AAUUGCUUAUUUUUAGAGUGCCUUUCCAUUACAUACCUCGAGAUUAGAGUUUAGAACUGGGCAACUCAUACACAUAUCUGUCCUUGACUCAGUCCCAAGCUAAUUGCUCUAAUAAAGAACCGACAGCAAUGGCUGAGACAGUCCCCAUUCCCGAGCCUCCAGGCCUGCCAUUGAUUGGCAAUUUGGGCGAGUUUACCUCCAGCCCGCUGAAUGAUCUUAUGCGAUUAGCAGACAAAUAUGGAGAGAUUUUUAGGGUUCGCUUUGGCUCUCGGCCCAUGGUUUAUGUUACCUCAAACGAACUUGUGAACGAGGUCUGCAAUGAGAAGAAGUUUCACAAGUCCUUGCAAUCAGCAAUAAGAAUUAUUCGAGAAGGCGUUCACGACGGCCUGUUUACUGCGCACGAUGAUGAGCCAAACUGGGGCAAGGCGCAUAGGGUCCUCACUCCCGCUUUUGGACCGCUUUCCAUCCGAGGCAUGUUCGAUGAGAUGCACGAUAUCUCGACGCAGCUAUGUAUGAAGUUUGCUCGCCAUGGACCCCAAAGCCCCAUACAUGUUUCCGAUAACUUUACCCGACUUGCUCUCGACACACUAGCACUUUGCGCCAUGGACUUCCGUUUCAAUUCAUUCUAUCACGAAGAAAUGCAUCCUUUCGUUCUAGCCAUGGGAGACUUCCUCACUGAAGCUGGUCGCCGUCAAAGGCGACCAGCGUUUGCCCCCAACUUCUUAUAUCGCGCCGCAAAUGAGAAAUUCUACUCAGACAUUGCUAUAUUGAGAAGGACUGCGGAUGAAGUCAUUGUUAAUCGCAAAAACAAUCCCAGUGAUCGCAAGGAUUUGCUUAAUGCUAUGCUAAACAAUACCGACCCUACUACGGGCGAGAAAUUAAGUGAUGAAAAUAUCACUGAUCAGCUUAUUACAUUUCUUAUUGCUGGUCACGAAACUACCUCCGGCCUACUAUCAUUUGCCUUUUACCAUUUGUUAAAGAAUCCAUCGGCAUACCAAAAAGUUCAGCAGGAAAUUGACCAGGUAAUUGGUCGGGAGCGUAUUGAGGUCCAGCACGUCAGCAAGCUCUCCUACACUGCGUCAGUUCUUCGAGAGACCUUGCGGUUGAGCUCGGGUAUUCCAGCUUUCACUGUUGAAGCAUACGAAGACACUUUUCUCGCUGGCAAAUAUCUAGUUCGCAAGGGCGAGCCUGUCACCGUGCUUUUAGCAAAGGCUCACUUGGAUCCCGUUGUAUAUGGCGAAGAUGCCCUGGAAUUUAAGCCGGAGCGUAUGUCCGAAGAGAACUUCGAACGUCUUAAUAAAGAGUUUCCAAAUUGCUGGAAGCCUUUUGGCAAUGGAAGGCGUGCCUGUAUUGGUCGCCCCUUUGCGUGGCAAGAGGCUUUAUUAUGCAUGGCGAUGCUCUUCCAGAACUUCAAUUUCACCUUGGCUGACUCCAGCUACAAGCUAACAAUUCAGCAGACCCUGACAAUUAAGCCCAAAGACUUCUACAUACGCGCCAGCUUACGGCACGAUAUGAUUCCAACAGAACUUGAGCAAGCUCUUGCCGGCAAGGCUGUAGACUUCAAGCGCCAUGCACAAGCGGCCAAGGAUGUGCGGACUGCCGCGGAUUCUACCAAGGGAAAGCCCCUCGCCGUUUACUAUGGCUCUAAUAGUGGUACUUGUGAGGCAAUGGCCCAGAGAAUAGCCAGCGAUGCACCUCGCCACGGAUUCCAGGCCAGCACUGUAGCGCCCCUGGAUGCCGCGAAUCAGAAUCUCCCAGAGGAUCGCCCCGUUAUCAUAGUAACAGCUUCCUAUGAGGGCCAACCGCCAUCAAAUGCCGCGCUGUUUGUUUCUUGGAUAGAAAGCCUCGCGGGCAAUGAAAUGAAGAAUGUAUCAUAUGCAGUGUUUGGUUGCGGGCAUCAUGACUGGAUUCAGACCUUCCAACGGAUUCCCAAGCUCGUUGAUAGCACUCUCAACAAGCUUGGUGGCAAUCGUCUCCUACCAAUAGCUACCACCGACGCAGCUAAUCGCGAUAUGUUCAGUGAUUUUGAGACUUGGGAAGACGAAUCUCUCUGGCCCACUCUCCAAGAAAAGUAUGGAGCUGAGGAUAACGCAGAUGCUACUGGAGAGGGAAUUACCGUUGACAUCACCACACCUCGAAAGGCUACCUUAAGGCAGGAUGUAGAAGAGGCGGUUGUCCUUUCUAACACGACUCUUACUAGAUCUGGCUCCACGAAAAAGCACAUUGAGAUACAGUUGCCUACAGGCAUGACGUACCGCGCCGGCGAUUACCUAGCUGUCCUACCAUUUAACCCCAAGACUACCGUAUCUCGUGCCUUUAAACGCUUUCAUCUUUCAUGGGAUGCUAUGCUUAAGAUCAGCUCAGAUCGACCGACCAGCCUGCCAACUGAUGUCCCCAUCUCAGCUGCAGAUGUGCUUCGUGCGUACGUCGAGCUUAGCCAGCCCGCUACCAGGAAAAACAUUCAAGCCUUGGCAGGAGCAACGCAAGACACAGACACUAUCAAGCAGCUCCAAAAUCUCGCCGGCGACAACUACCAGGAAAUGAUUACUGCGAAGCGUGUCUCUAUUAUUGACCUCCUGGAGGAAUUUCCAGCUGUUAGCCUUCCUUUUGGGGCGUUCUUGGGCAUGCUACCGCCUAUGCGUGUUCGCCAGUACUCCAUCUCCUCUUCUCCUUUGGUUGACAGCUCCAAGGUGACCCUGACCUAUUCUGUUCUGGAGCAGCCUGCUCUGUCCGGCCUGGGUCCUUAUUUUGGUGUUGCUAGCAAUUAUCUCUCUUCGCUUACUGCUGGAGAACGACUUCAUGUUGCUGUACGACCAUCGCAAGGUUUUCACCUGCCAGGCGAUGCGGAAAACACUCCAUUAAUCUGUAUUGCCGCCGGAACCGGCCUGGCACCAUUCCGCGGUUUCAUUGAAGAGCGCGCUGCCAUGGCUAUGGCUAAUAGGAAGAUUGCUCCAGCUCUUCUAUUCUUCGGAUGUCGCUCCCCAGACCAGGAUGACUUAUAUUAUGAGGAGUUCGCUAAAUGGGAGGGCCUCGGCGCAGUUGAUGUACGACGUGCCUACUCUCGAUCUUGUGGUGACUCUGAAGACUGCAAGUAUGUGCAGCACCGUAUAAUUCACGAAAAAGAAGACAUUGUUAGGCUGUGGCAAAGCGGUGCCAAAGUUUAUGUUUGUGGCAGCAAGGAUGUCGGUAAAGCUGUUGAAGAAGUAUUCAUUGGCAUGAUUAAGGAAGCCCACAAGAAGAAGUUUGGCAAGGACCUUUCUACAGAGGAAGCCAAGGCGUGGUUUGACAAACAGAGGAACGGAAGAUAUUGGACUGAUGUUUUCGAUUAAAUUAAAAACUGAAGGGUAAAAGGCGGUUUAAAGACGUUGAAGUGCUUGAGAUUUCUCUUAAAUCAUAAUGAACAAAGUGCAACGGAUAUCUGUAGAAAUGUAAAGCACUGUAUUUGUGAGGCUAGAGC